AUUAUGCAGAUAAAUUAGCAUUUAAUCACCCUCUUCUCUCUGGUGUCAUUGAUCUAGACAUAAUAGAUGAAGUAAUGUUGAAGAUAUUCUCAUUCGAUGAAUUAAAAGAGAUGAUGUGUUGUGAUAAGAUUUUUUCUUGGAAAGUGAUAGAUGAGAACAUGAAGAAAUGGGUAGAUGACCUUGUGAAGACAGAGAAACCACAGAACAUUCCAAUUCCAAAUUCUCUAGAUAAUAAAGAAUGCACUUAUGUUCUGGAUAUGUAUUUACAAUUAAAAAAGACUUGGAAAUCUAAAUUAUUCGAUAAUAGACAACAAGAGGAUGGUGAAAUAUUAGAGGAUACAUAUGUGCAUGAGAUUAUGCAUAAUAUUAUGUAUUACACAGUUCGUGAUCUUCUCCCUCGUUGGUUAGAAUUGCAUGAAGAAAGAAAUAGGCGAGUAGAACGAAAUUAUGAUGAAAUGUUUUUUAAAAUGUCAAAGAAUACGAAAAAAGUGUAUCAAGAUAAAUUUCAGUCCAGAAAUAAACCUGACUGGCUGGGUACAUUUAAAAUAGACGAUCAUAAAUAUGAAUUUAUAUAUGGCGAAGCAGCUAGACCUCCUUUUUUAUCUGCUAGUUUUAAAUUGGAAGGUGAUCAAAGGAAAGUUAUUUGCUUCCUCCUUCAUUGUAUCGAAUCUAUGGGCAAAACUUUAAAGAAGCACUUUUCAUCAGCUAUAGAUGGUGACUUGAUUGAAUCUGCUAAAUGUAUUCCUCGAUUUGAAAUGCUUCUAUAUGGAACUUUUUUAAAAAUUAUCUAUUAUGAUAACUCAUAUGAAAUUGGUCGGAUUAUGCCUCUUAUUAAUAUUAAGCUAUCAUUGCAAUCAAACUCUGAUCAAUUUUCAACCACGAAUUAUCUUUAUGGAUUAAUUAUCUUUCGGCAAGCUAUUCAAGAAACUUUAGAAG